GGCUGAGAAGGCCUUCGACACUCUCUCCUAGAUCACCACCGUCACACCACGCUUGCCGCACCCUCGACCCGCCACGGCCUUAUCCUCUCUGCAUAAUACCGCCCAUCCCGAUCACGCUCUCCGCCCCCGACAUACCUACCCUCACAUUGACCCAUCAUGUCCAUCCUCCGCGGCCUCCAGUCGGCCAUCUUCUUCUACCUCUCCUGCGCUCCCUGCUACGAGGCCGCAAACCAGCGCCGCAGAAAGAGAGAGGGCCAUCGCGAUCGUGCCGAAAAGCGAGCCCGAGAACUCGAACAGCCCGACAUUUACCGUCAUCCGGACCCCUCCUCGACGAACCCCUACUGGAACGAAGAGAUUGCGCUUGGACCGGGCCCACCGCCACGCAAAGGCAAGGGAGCAAAGAAACCGAAACGGAACCUCACCACGGCCAGCACCUUCAACUCAUCAACCAGUCGCCGCAUCGAUAGCAGCCUCGAGGAUCAGGGGGUUGUCGGCAUACAGUUUGGGGAUCCCGGCGCUUCGGAUGUCACAUUGAACGACGACAGCUGGAACAAGCGAAGAUAUCAGAGGGAGGAUGAAGAGUUAUGGGGAACAGAAACCGUGGCGUCGAGGGAUGAGCCGCCGAGGGCUGCGAGUAGUGCUGGUGGUUCGUCAGUUGGGCUUGUUGGUUUGAGCAGACCGGACACCUCAAACUCCUUCAGUGACUAUUAUGUUGCUCGCCCGGCACCAGUAAACGACCUGCACCCGCCCGUCGUUAGCAUGCCUUCUACGGACGUCAAGGCAAACCAGUGGAUGUUGCAACCACCCCCAAGCGCCAAGAUCAUGUCUGGAAAACAAAGGUCUUCGAUACGAAGCAGGAGCGGUAGCCAGGCCAGUAGCCGCGUGGACAUUAACUUAGGAAAGGAAAUCAGCCAGAAGAAGAUAGAAGAGAAGCUGAAGCGAGGAGAGACGCCGGAGCUUCCCCCCCUCUCGAGAGGAAGCUCAUUCCAAACACCAACAGGGCAGCGAGAAUCGAAAUCUCGAGGCAGUCGUAGACUUACACCCUCUCCGACUACGUCACCCAAGCAGAGCCGACUCGACCGGACAUCCACCGCGGACUCGGACGCAUCGGACGACAGCCUAGGCCGUGACCCAAGGCAUGAUUCGGUCAGCCCGCUCAGGACGAUAUCUGGGAAUAUCCCCAAGGUGAGUCGGCCAAAACCUUCCCGGCAGCUGUCUACCGUUCAUUCGGAAGAAUCAAUCCAAACUGUGUCUCGGCCGCGAUCAAAGAGAUCGGCCACGCAGGACAGUUACAAGCCAACUACCAUCCACAAGGAGAAUGUCUUGCUGAAGCCCGUUCCAAGGCCCACGUCGAAGGGAAAGCCAGCCCCGCUCACGAUCCGCGACAGUUCACUCAACCUGUUGCAGGACUUGGUGUCGCCUAGUGAACUGUUGAACUCGCGCUUCAUCAAGUCGCCCACCGUGGAGGCAAGGAUAGGGCUGCCACCGACCAACUCGACGGAGGAACUGGCGCUUCGGUCUUUGAGUCCCUGGUUCCCAAGUGACGAUUUCGCGGCCGCAGCCGACGAGACGGGUUCGAUAGGUCGCGCAGACCCGAGGAUGAGGUGGAGUAUGGACAUUUAAAAGUCGCUCAGCACGCUUGUUGCACAUAAGUGCUUUCUUGUACAAAACGCCCACAACAGACGCGGCGGUUUCGUUUUCUUUUUGAUUGUUUUGCCAGCCAGCCUUUGAGCGAGCGCCAGGCGUUUUGCAUAAAGGGAGCAGGAGUUGAUUGAUUUAUUAUGGAUGCAGCAAGGCGGCGUUAAGGGCACUGGACGGGUGCAUUGACGGCCAGGGUUUUGGAAGCCAUUGGCUUGCUUUUUUCUCUUCUCUUUUUCUCUUUUUCGUUUCUUUUCUCUUCAUUUCAUUCUUCUCCGUUUCAUCUUCACUUCUCACAUACACAUUGUUAUUUGAUUGCAUUGGCGACGAGUAGACAAAAAUAGCGAGACGGCGGAAACGCAGGAGAGACAGCUGCAGUCAGCAAUGGAUAAAGCGAGU